AUGGCAACCGCUGAACCGGCCGCCCCUCCUGCUGCCUCCCCCAAGACGGCCAAGCCCGGCGCUGACCCUGCCGCUGCUGCUGCGUCACAAGAUGGCGCCCUCACCGUGGCCGCCCUCGCCAACAAGUACCGCGCCGAAUUCGAGCAGACGUUCGAGGCCCUCCGCGCCCGCGCCCUCAAGCUCCAAGCCGACGCCCCGCAGCUCAUCCAGGAGACCCAGGCCAACGUCGAGCCGUACAAGCAGGACUUCAUCACCACCGUGCAGGCCACUGGUGAGGAGACUUGUCUUACU